AUGCGCGCUGACUUGCGAGGGAGUCUGGUGUGGUCCAAGCGGUGGGCGCCGGCUCCCGACCUUGAUCUGAUGGGUGCAGAGUUCCGCGGUUUUCCUGUCUUCCUCCCCUUCCUUCCCGACUUCCUCUUCCCCCACUUCAUCCUCAUUCCUCUCAUUGCAAAGGAGGUGCGUGAGGUCUCAAGUGAAGCCCGCACUGGUGCGCACAAGGCUGCAACAGACUGCCUGGGACAAUGUGCACCCGACCGUAAUUACAGCUACACGCUGGUUGCGCUUCUUGGGAGUGUUGACGGGCGUAAGUCCCACUCUCUGCCAAAGCAAAACGGUUGCUGA